AUGUUUGGUGCUAGGUUUGAUCCGACCGCAUUGGAUGACAAUGUUAUAGAAUCUAAUACCCCAACUAAGAGUAGCAUAUUAAAUUUUAGAAAGAGACGAUUGAGCACUCAUGAAGAUGAUAAAAGUGAUGAUGAGGAAAGGGAAGAUACAAAUGAUAAGAUAGAAGAGGAUGAUAACCUGUCUGAAGAUGAGUCAAGUGAAGAUUCCGAUGAUGGUGAGUCUGAAAGUGAUAAUGAAAGCGAAGAAGAUGAAGAGGAAAAGGAAGCUGACGAUGACGAUACUAUGAGCAUUGAUGAAAAGGAAGGUGAUGAACAGAUAGAGAAAGACGCUCAAAUUGAUCCAGACUACAUCUCCAAACAUAAAGCAAUCUUUGACAAAUUCAAAAAGUCAGUCGUCAUUGAAACUACAACCCAGGUCUCAUCAGACGAGCAAGACGAAGAAGAAGAACAAGUCCAAACUCAAGAUCUUGCACCUUUACCUCAACCACAACUCCCUCGAGACAAAAAAUUAGUCUCCACCACCACCCAUCUAAAAAACCUCGACUGGUUAGCCACAGCAAUCUACUCAUCCCCCACUGACACGAAGCGAUUCAGCGACAUUACUCAACUAUCCCCAUUCAUGCAAAAAAAUCUCCUCAACAAUGGCUUCACCCAUGCAUUCUCGGUCCAGAUCGCCGUAUUAGACCUCAUGCUCCAAGACAUCCAGAACCAAAAACUCCAACCUGAUAUCAUGGGGGACAUCCUCGUCAAUGCCUCCACUGGGUCUGGGAAAACAUUAGCAUAUCUGAUUCCAAUAAUUGAAGCAUUGCAUACCCGAAUUGUGCCCCGUGUUAGGGCUAUUGUAUUGGUUCCCACAAAGCCAUUGAUUAAUCAAGUUAGAUCGACUAUGUUACUGUUGAGCAAGGGGACGAAUUUGAAUAUUGUGAGUUUGAAGAAUGAUGUCAGUAUAAAAGAAGAAGCUGGCAGGUUGAGCAAUAAUUCUCCACCUGAUAUUAUUGUGUCUACUCCUGGGAGAUUGGUUGAACAUAUUUUGGCAGAAUCGAUUGAUUUGGAUGCGUUGAGGUUUUUGGUGAUUGAUGAGGCUGAUAGAUUGUUGAAUCAAUCUUUUCAGAAUUGGUGUCUGGUAUUGAUGAGUAAGAUUGAUCAUCAUAUAAAUAUUGCUGAGACUUGGGGAUUGCUGGUACAGAAGUUAAUCUUUUCAGCUACUUUGACUACCGAUGCUGGAAAAUUGAGUUCAUUGAAGUUUAGGAAACCUAGAUUGGUGAUUGUGAAUGAUCAACAUGAAUUAGUCAAUGAAAUGUUUAAUGUUCCUCCAACAUUAUUAGAAUACAAAUUACAUUUCGGUGUUUCUAAAUCUUCAAUCAAACCAUUAAUCUUAUCUCGAUUCUUAAUCUCCCAAGAAAAAUUAGCCAAUGUAUUAAUCUUCACGAAAUCCAAUGAAUCUUCGUUAAGAUUAUCCAAACUUCUUCAACUCCUCCUCAACCAAUUACUCCCAACUCAAGAAAUAAACAUCACAUACAUCAACUCCACCAAUAAUCGAACCUCAAUUCGACAAAAAAUCCUCAAAGAUUUCUCCACUCAAAAAAUAAACAUCCUAGUUGCCACUGAUUUAAUCGCCCGUGGGAUCGAUAUAUUAUCCAUUUCAGAUAUCAUCAACUAUGAUCUCCCCAAUUCUGCACGUGAAUAUGUUCAUCGUGUAGGUAGAACAGCUAGAGCGAAUCAAGCCGGGAAUGCGUACAAUUUCGUCUUUGGUAAGGGGGAGAAUAAAUGGUUUAAUACGAUCCUGAGAGAAGUUGGAAGGAGGGAUAAGAAGGUUGAGAAGGUGGAGUUUGAGGUGAAGGAAUUGGUAAGUGGUGAAGAUGAAGUUGUUUAUCAAGAUGUAUUACAAGAGUUGCAGAAACAAUUGGCUAAGCAUUGA